CCAUGUUGUGACCAGGUGUCACCGGUAAUGAAGCCUGGGGACACCGGGCAUGAUCCAACUUGUGUUUGUGUUUGCUUUAUGUCCGUCCAUCAGGUGAUGAAGCUCUAAUUAGUUUCCCUAAUGAUUAAAGGUGUCAUAAUUAAAUGUUUGUGUGAAGCGAAUCCCAGGUUUUCUGUCUUCCUCUGCUCCUAGUUAGAAAGUUUCGAUCUUAUUUUGAAAGUUCACGUUGAUAGGUCGGGUCGGGUUAUCAUAUUGACAUGAUUUCUGACCGAAUUGUUUGUAACUUACAUGAUUUUUUUGCCCCUGUAGAAAGAGAAACGGUGACGAGUUGGACGGGGUGUCAAAGAAAGUGAAGAAGGAGAAAGAAGACGAAGAUAAAAAGCUUGAGGACCAACUAAAGGUGCAGAGUCAGCUGAUAUGGGGCAUCAAGGACAAGCUGAAGAAGAACUGCUCCGCCAACGACAUGAAGGAGCUGCUGAUUGCAAACUCCCAGGAGGUGCCAUCUGGAGAGUCCAACCUGGUGGACUGCCUGGCGGACGGCAUGGCGUUCGGCUCCCUCCAGCCCUGUGCGGAGUGCAAGGGGCAGCUGGUGUUCAAGGGCGACGCCUACUACUGCAGCGGGGACAUCUCUGCCUGGACCAAGUGUGUGUUCACCACCAAGUCGCCCGUCCGCACAGACUGGGUCAUUCCAAAGGAAUUCCACGAGGUUCCCUUCCUCAAGAAGUUCAAGUGUAAGAAACAGGACCGGAUCUUCCCCAAGGUUGAGCCCAACGCCACCCUGGUCGUCGCCACCGCUGCCUCCAGUGGGUCGACUAAACCUUUCCCAGAAGGGGCCCCAGCUGGCAAGCCUCUGACGGGCAUGAAGCUGCUUGCUGUGGGUAAACUGAAGAAGAACAAGGAUGAGAUCAAGGCUGUCGUGGAGGAGAUGGGCGGGAAGAUAACCCCCUCAGCCAAUAAGGCAGACCUCUGCCUCAGCAACGCAAAGGAGCUGGAGAAGAUGACCAAGAAGAUGGAGGAGGUGAAGGAGGCCGGGGUGCGAGUGGUCGCCGAGGAGUUCCUCACGGACGUCAAGGCGUCGGGCAAGUCUCUCCAGGAGCUGGUCUCUGUGCACGCCAUCUCUCCCUGGGGGGCAGAGGUCAAGGUGGAGGUCAAAGUGGAGCCCAAGGCUGCUGCCGUGCCCUCAAAGUCCGGGGCCAUGGCCGCCAAGAGCACCGGCCGCGUGAAGGAGGAGGAAGGGGGCAGCAAGUCUAAGAAGAUGAAGCUAACUGUGAAAGGAGGAGCUGCCGUGGACCCUGAUUCGGGCCUGGAGAACAGCGCCCAUGUCCUGGAGCAGAGUGGGAAGAUGUACAGCGCCACCCUGGGUCUGGUGGACAUCGUCCGCGGAACCAACUCCUACUACAAGCUGCAGCUCCUGGAGGACGACGUCCAGAAGCGGUACUGGGUGUUCAGGUCCUGGGGCCGCGUGGGCACCACCAUCGGGGGCCACAAGCUGGACAAGUUUAGUGACAAGCUCGCAGCCAUGGACAACUUCCUGGGCGUCUACACGGAUAAGACUGGCAACACCUGGAACUGCACCAACUUCACCAAGUAUCCCAAUAAGUUCUACCCGCUGGAGAUCGACUACGGACAGGACGAGGAGGCUGUGAAGAGGCUCACGGAGAGUGCUGGCACCAAGUCUGAGCUGGCCAAGCCCGUCCAGGAGCUCAUCAGGAUGAUCUUUGACGUGGAGAGCAUGAAGAAGGCCAUGGUGGAGUUUGAGAUCGACCUCCAGAAGAUGCCCCUGGGAAAGCUGAGUAAGAGGCAGAUCCAGAGCGCCUACGCCCUCCUCAGUGAGGUGCAGCAGGCUGUGACAGACAGUUCGGCCGAGUCCCAGAUCCUAGACCUGUCCAACCGCUUCUACACGCUCAUCCCCCACGACUUCGGCAUGAAGAAACCCCCUCUGCUGAGCAACCUGGACUACGUUCAGUCCAAGGUCCAGAUGUUGGACAACCUGUUGGACAUUGAGGUGGCCUACAGCCUGCUGAGAGGAGCAGAGGACAACGGGAAGGAUCCCAUCGAUAUCAACUAUGAGAAACUCAAAACCAAGAUUGAAGUGGUUGACAAGAACAGCGAGGAGGCCGAGAUCAUUAUGCAAUAUGUCAAGAACACACACGCUGCUACACACAACACCUACACACUGGAAGUAGACGAGAUCUUCAAAAUAGUUCGCGAGGGCGAGUACCAAAGGUUCCGGCCCUUCAAGGACCUGCACAACCGGCAGCUGCUGUGGCACGGCUCGCGCACCACCAACUACGCCGGCAUCCUGUCUCAGGGUCUGCGCAUCGCCCCCCCAGAGGCCCCUGUGACUGGUUACAUGUUCGGCAAGGGUGUGUACUUUGCCGACAUGGUGUCCAAGAGUGCAAACUACUGCCACGUGUCACAGUUGGAUCCCGUAGGCCUUUUACUUCUGGGAGAGGUCGCCCUUGGCAACGUGCAUGAACUGAAGAAGGCUGCGCACAUUACCAAACUACCUAAGGGAAAACACAGUGUUAAAGGUGUGGGCAGAACCGCCCCUGAUCCCGGGUCCACUGCCACUCUAGAUGGGGUGCAGGUGCCGCUAGGAAAGGGCUGCAAUACCAACAUCGACGACACCAGUCUUCUCUACAACGAGUACAUCGUUUACGACGUUGCACAGGUUAACCUGAAGUACCUGCUGAAGACCAAGUUCAACUACCAGACGUCUCUUUGGUGAGAGAGGCCCGCGGUCAAACCGUCCAAUCGGUUAAACUCAAAGAACGACCCCACGACCACCACGUCACCCGGACGCCCAGCUUGUCUGCAUCCUCAGCAGACCACCAUGUUCCACAACGGAUCCAAGCUGUUGCGCCUAUAUUGUUCCUGUUGAUGUUUAAGUUCCCUAAAUGCACUCCCCAUAACGUAAUAACUGUCAACUGCUUAAGCAUUGGUAUAUUAUUAGGCACUUUGGUGUCCAUCUUGGUAGGGAACUCGCUGCUGUUGAAGCGAGGCACAAUACUGUACAGAACGUUUCGGGCACUGUUUAGUGAUCUCCUGUUUCUCUCGAGGUAGCGGUUCAAGAAAUACAAUGUUACCGUUUUCUUUUGUUUUUUCAUAAAUCUGGUAAUAACAAAUAGUAGCGGGAUGGUAAUCUUUUCAACCAUAAGAAUUACUGUCAGAAACAAGCUAUCGGCGACGUAGAGUGGAAGUCCUAGACCAUUGUUGUUCUGGGUGCCGUCUUUAGGAUUUCCUUGUCCUUUAAUCAGUCUUCCAAGUUCUUUGGUUUUUAGGACAAUGAUACUGUAAAUCAAACUGCUGUUGAAUGUGGUUCUGGUUCAUGUUACUUUGUUUCAUUCACAUCAAAGAAUAAAAAUCUUGAGACAUACCUAGAUUAU